GCCAACACGUGGCCUCAAACUCGCAUUAUUAUUAGAAUCAAGGCUAUGACAUUUCAGUGUCAGAAAGAACAAAGCAAUACAUGCUUAGAGAGAAAAGACGUUGUCGGAAACUGAGCAGAGAUACAGUUUUUGGUCGCCGGACGUUCGUCGGUUUCUUGAUAUGGUUCCGGAGGACUCGCCAGAGGAGCUUCCUGACGGAUGGACUGUACAAUUCAAUGUUCUAAAGACGGGUCGCAAAAUUAAGUAUUAUGUGAACUCUGGAACUGGUCAAAAAUUCUUCUCCAAGGAUGAUUUUAUAUGCCAUAUUAAAGCACAAAGUACUCAACUUAACCAGCCACAACCAGCUAAGAGUUCCAUCAGAAGGCCAACAAUUAAUAACCAGAUGCAUCAGAUUAUGGAAGAUACAAAUGAACAUCCUGAAUGGUUACCUCACGGUUGGAUUGUGGAGUUGAGAACCAGACAAAGUGGCUUUGCAAGCGGAAAAAUAUACAAGUGUUAUGUUGAUAUUUCUACUGGCUGCAAAUUCUAUUCCAAGCCAGAGGUGCUUCGAUAUCUGGAAACUGUGAAGCAGAAAAGUUGCACAUUAAAGCAAAAGGAAACACUCAUGAGUGUGCUCCCUGAAAACAAACCAUCAUCUGAAGCUAAAAUGGAGAAACAAAAGCACACUGCUACUGGGCAACAGCUUUGUUCAGGUAAGGGGACUUCUGAUGUGGGCAGCACUUCAUCUUCAGAAGCUGAGUCCUUAAAGAAAAGCGGAGGCAAAACUGUAUCCACUGUAACUACACUUACUGCGGUUGCCACAAUUGAUAUACCUUCACAAGAGAUUCCAAGAGAUAAUGUGGAGGGUAAUGGAGCUGAAUGCAAGGAAAACUAUAAUGGAAAAUGGUCAGCACAAACAAAGGCUGAAGUUUCUGAGAGAAACCAAGACAAAACCAUCAGCCCUGUUGGUGGCCAUGGACUUUUAUUUCCGGAAGCUGAUAACAAGCAAGAGCAGAACUUGCCUGAGAGUGGGACAAGGAGGGAUGAAAGCUACAAAAGAAAAGCUCAGAAUAGUUUGAGCAAGUUCAGUAACAAGAAAAGUCUUUACUUGCCUCGCUGCGUUUUCGAAGCGUCUAGCUGCGAUUGAACCU